AUGUCACAGUGUUAUCGUGUGGGACAAUUCAUCAUUGGAAAAAAACUUGGAGAAGGGAUGUGUGGAAAAGUAUAUCUUGCAUUUCAUGAAAAAACAGGAGUUAAAGUAGCUAUUAAAAUAGUAGAUAAAACAAAAUUAAUGAGAAAACCAGAAAUGAAAAGGAAAGUAGAACGAGAAAUAGCAUUUUUAAAAAUAAUAAAUCAUAGAAAUGUUAUGCAAUUAUAUACUGUAUAUGAAACAACACGAUAUCUUUUCUUAGUAAUGGAAUUACUUGAAGGAGGAGAAUUAUUUGAUUAUAUAAUUUCAAAAGGGAGAUUAGAAAUAGAAGAAGUAUUAGUUUAUUUUCAACAAUUAAUAUUUGCAGUAGAACAUUUUCAUUCAAGACAUAUAUGUCAUCAUGAUUUAAAACCAGAGAAUUUACUUUUAACAAAAGAUCUUCAAAGGAUUAAAGUAUGUGAUUUUGGAAUGUCAUCAUAUUGUGGAAAUAAUAAACUUCGAGAAUAUUGUGGAAGUCCACAUUAUACAGCACCAGAAGUAUGUAAGAAAGAAGCAUAUGAUGGAUUAAUUUCAGAUAUAUGGUCAUGUGGAGUUAUUCUUUAUGUUAUGACAUUUGGAUUAAUGCCAUUUGAUGGAGAAACAUUAGAAGAAUUAAUAGAAAAAGUAAUAAUAGGGAAAUUUGAAUAUCCAGAAGAUAUUGAAGUUUCAGAAGAAGUUAAAGAUUUAAUUAAUAGAAUGCUUAAAAUUAAUCCAAAAGAAAGAAUUACAAUAAAAGAAAUUAAAGAACAUAAAUUUUUUCAAAGUAAUAAACCAAAUAUAGAAAAUGUACCAUCAAUAAUUGAAGAAGCAGGAGAACCAAUUAAAAAUAUUGAUAGUAAUAUUAUGGCAAUUUUAUGUUAUUUAUUAAAUAAUGUACAUAUUACAGAAAUAAGAGAAAAUUUAUUUGAUCCAAAACCAAAUACUAUUCGAGCAUUUUAUAGAUUAUUAGAACAACAUCGUAAAAAUGCACAAGGAGAUCCAUUUGCAUUUUCAAGAAAUAGUCCAGGACCACAAAGUCUUAAAAAUACGAUUUUUGCUAUUCCAGGAACAUCACCAAGUGAUAUUUCAUUUUCACCAGCAUUUAAUGAUUUAGCAAAUAGAAUUAAAAUAGAAAUUCCACAUGUAAAAACACCAAAAGCAGUACCAUCACCAAUGAUAAAUAAUCAAGAAAUAAAUAAUAGUUUAAGUAUGGGACAAUCACCAAUAAUGUUUAGUGUACCAAGAGAAGCUGAAUGGGGAUUUGUAGCAACAAAUAAUGUUUCAACAAAAGAAAUAUUAGAAUUAGAUUGUAGUGUUCAAAUAGCAAGAAAUAAAAUUGAAAAAGCAUUUAAUGAAUUAGGUAUUAAUUGGAAAAAAAGAGGAAAAAUUUAUGAAUGUAAUUAUAAAUAUUUAGAAGAAGAAAAUGUUAAUGUAAUGUUUGAAGUUAGUAUUGAAGAAGGAGAAAUUAAUGAAAUAUCAGCAGGAUUUGGAAUUGUUACAACAAUUAAAUUUAUUUACACACAAGGAGAUAUUGUUUCAUUUAGUGAUGUCUAUAACUUAAUAACUAAGUUAGUAACAGACGUAGAUUAUUAA